AUGAAAAGCUCAGAUCUAUUCCUGCUGGUGUGUUGCGUAUGCAGCCUGAGUUCACCGGGAGGAGCAGGAGAUGUAGAGCAGGCUCUGACAAAGCAGGUCUUCACUAACUAUAAUCUGAAAGUCCGUCCUGCGCGCCACCCUGACGAGCGAGUGGUGGUCCGAGUGGGCAUGACGCUCUCUUCAUUUGUCGGACUGAACAUGAAAAAUGAAGAAAUGAGCACUGUCGUCGUCAUGAAUUUGGAGUGGACAGACUACAAUUUAUCAUGGGAUCCCAAAGAGCACGAUGGGAUUGAAGUGUUACGCAUUCCCGCAUCCAAAGUGUGGCUGCCGGACAUUGUCCUGAUCAACAACAACAACGGGAAGUUUGACGUCGCCCUGUACGUUCACGUCCAGGUGCAUAGUAACGGCAGGGUUACCUGGACGCCGCCCGCACUUUACCUCAGCUCCUGCGGCGUCAGGGUGACGUAUUUCCCCUUCGACUGGCAGAACUGCAGCAUGCAGUUCCGUUCCUACACGUACGACUCUACCGAGAUCGAGCUGCAGUACCACCUGGAUGAAAAUGGCGACGAGAUACGGGAGAUUCAACUGGACGAGGCCUUUAGCGAGAGCAGCGAAUGGAACAUCAGACACAAGCCAUGCAGGAAGAACAUGAACAAAGAUCGUUACGAGGAUAUGAGCUUCUACCUGAUCAUCGAGAGGAAGCCGCUGUACUACGUGCUGAACAUUAUCAUCCCUUGCAUUCUCAUUACGAUCAUCGCCAUUUUCAACUUCUACUUGCCACCUGAUGCAGGUGAAAAGAUGGGACUGUCCAUCAACGUUUUGCUCACCCUCACCGUCUUUUUGCUGCUGCUGGCCGACAAAAUUCCUGAGACCUCGCUGGGUGUUCCCAUCAUUGUCAAUUACAUCAUGUUCACCAUGAUCCUGGUCACCUGUUCGGUCAUCCUCAGCGUGGUGGUACUCAACCUGCAUCAUCGGUCACCAAACACUCACAUGAUGCCGCAUUGGGUCCGCAAGAUAUUCAUCCACAUGCUGCCCCCGUACCUGUGCAUGCUGCGCCCGAAAGUGGAGGUGCCCCUGGCCCUCAAGAUGCUACCUGCCCAGCGGGAGAAAAAGGUCUUUGCUAUCAACAAGGCCACCGACGAGUACUUCAUCCGCAAGCCGGACUCCUCAGUCUUGUUCCCUAAGCCUAACAGGUUCCAAGCUGAAGGGAAAAACCUAAGGAAGUUCAUCGACGGGCCUAGUAGGUACCUUUCACUUCCUCCUGAACUUCAAUCUGCAAUCGAGGCUAUCACGUACAUCGCUGAAGCCCUGCAGGCCGAGAAGGACUACGAAGCUCUGAAGGAGGACUGGCAGUACGUGGCCAUGGUGGUGGACCGGAUGUUCCUCUGCCUUUUUGUCAUCUUCACCACCGUGGGCACCUUGGCCAUUUUUAUUAAGGCCAGCCUCAAUCGUGCACCCACUGACCCUUUCUAA